AGCUGCGCAGCGCAGCCGCCAUUUUCUUCCCCUCCGCGGAUCCGAGUAGAAGCGUUGAACCGAGCUCCCGCGCCGAACCGACCUCUCAAACCCGCGGCACUCUCCCCGGGCUUUAGAUAGCGAUGCCGGCCCAUCCGCUGCGUGUCGCGGUCGUGUGCUCCAGCAACCAGAACCGCAGCAUGGAAGCGCACAACAUCCUGAGCAAGCGAGGGUUCGACGUGCGUUCCUUCGGCACGGGAACCCACGUGAAGCUCCCAGGACCCGCUCCGGACAAACCCAACAUUUACGACUUCAAAACCACUUACGAGCAGAUGUACAACGACCUGGUCCGUAAAGACAAGGAGCUGUAUCCCUAGCUAACACACAGAAAUACACCGGCUAGAGCCCCAGAGUCAAACGAGAGCCGCGACGAACACUGAGCAAAC